AUGGCUACCUCCGUGACUAAUCCAAAGGAAUGUGCCACAUGCAAAGAGCUACAAGAAAAAGGACGUGGUGUGAUGAUAUGUGCGGGAUGUUCACAAAUAUUUUGCAACAAACACUAUCCACAACAUCGACAAAUGAUAGAUAAACAAUUCGAUCGACUCAUAGAACAACAUGCGCUUUUUCAACAAGAUUUACAUCAGACACCAUCCAAAACGCCAUCUCAGUUGACACAAGAAAUCGAUGAAUGGCAACAAGAGAUGUUCGACCAGAUAAUGAAAAUAGUCACGGCAGCGAAAUAA